CGUGUAUUAAAUCCCAUCAUCAGAUUCGUCACAUCCUAUUUCUUGCCGUCAUGAGCACGUCGACGUUGCAGGAAUCAUCCCUGGUGCUGCCGCCGAAGCCCACCGCCGCCGUCAAGGAGAAGGAUGUGCUGACCAACUUCUUCCUUGCCGCCACCGCCGCGUCCUUGGCGUCGGUGAUCACCAACCCUCUCGAAGUCGUCAAGACCCGCAUGCAGCUGCAGAACGAGCUCGUCGACUCGAGUGGACGUGCCAUCACACGCGUGUAUAAGAACCCAUUUCAGUCCCUUGCGCUGAUUGCUCGCACGGAAGGCAUCCGCGGCCUGCAGAGCGGACUCAACAUGACCAUUAUGUACCAGUUUAUGAUCGCGGGGACGCGAUUCGGUCUGUACGAUCCGGCAAAGCGAGCGUUGGGCGUGGAGAAGGGUCAAUCCACGUACUUGGUCAAGAACUACCUCGCGGGCAUGUUGAGUGGCGCCGUCUCUUCGUUUACGGGCAACCCCUUCUACCUCGUUCGCGCGCGCUUGCAAGCGUCCAACAGCGGCGCCAUCACCCGCGGCCGACACGUGUACACGUCUGCGUUCCAGGGGUUCAAGUCGGUGUAUCAAACGGACGGCGUCGGCGGGUUCUUCCGGGGCAUCGGCGGCGCCAUUCCGCGCGUGAGUUUUGGGUCGGCCACCCAGCUAAGCAGCUACGAGUUCUUCAAGGACAUGCUGCUCCGCCGCCCAUACCUCGGGUACUCGUUCCAGGACCAGACAGUGCUGCUGCAUCUGUCGGCAUCCAUCCUCGCGGGUUUCUUCUGCGUCACUGCCAUGAAUCCGUUCGAUGUGAUCAGCGUCCGCCUCUAUAAUCAGCCAUUGGACCCACUGACGGGCAAAGGACUUCUGUACACAGGUCCGCUGGAUUGCGCGAGGAAGACCCUUGUCACGGAAGGCGUGAAGGGGGCAUUCAAAGGGUGGACGGUGCAGUACAUUCGACUGGGACCGCACACUGUCUUUACAUUUCUAUUUUGGGAGCAGCUCAAGCUCGCGUACGAGAAGAUCACUCACAACCACGAAGAAGUAUAAAACUAAGCCAAUCACAGAGCCCCAUAUAAUUGGCCAAUAAUCAUAGACAAACCCCUGAAUAUAUGUAUCCG